ACGCCACAAAUAAUUAAACCACCGUCCAUCUUUUCUUAUCUACAGUCCCCUUCUCCGCUCCUAGCUCUCCUCAUCAUCUUCAACCCAAAACUAAAAACAAACUCUUCCUUUCUUUUUUCAUCUUGGCCCUAAAUCUAAUGAUCAAAUCUUAGAAAAAGAGAGAAAACGCUGUAAAGCUAAACUAGAUGUAUGUUUUUUCUCAAUCAUGGAGUUGAGCAAUAACAACACUAGUACUAUUAUACCCACUAACAUAGUGAAAACCCCAGAAGCUGAAACUGAAGCACGUACUACUCAAAUCCAGCACAAUAAUAAUACUAAACCUUUCUCCAUAACUACUAAUGGUGUCCUUAAACGCCAUAAUAAUAACAAUCCUGUUUAUCUUCAUCACCAUCCUGUACCUGUUGUCGCAGUAGUUUACAAAGAAUGUCUUAAAAAUCAUGCUGCAACCAUAGGCGGCCACGCCGUUGACGGUUGCGGUGAAUUCAUGCCGUCCUUCACCGCAACCGCCACCGACCCCACUUCGCUAAAAUGCGCGGCGUGCGGCUGUCACCGGAAUUUCCACCGCCGCGAGCCAGAAGAAACCACCCCCGCGGCGGCUCUGGAAUUCCAGCCUCACCACCGGCACCACCCGCAGCCCCCGCUGCCUGGUGAGGACCACCACAGCUACCCGAAUUCCCCGUCUCCACCACCAAUCUCCUCAGCUUACUACCCAUCGGCACCUCACAUGCUACUUGCACUGAGUUCCGGGUUGUCAGGUCGACCCGUUGAGAACCCAAAUUUCAGUACGCGGGAUGCUUUGUGCACUGGGCUGACUACUACUGUGUCAAACCCAAAUGGGAGUACUCGAAAGCGGUUCAGGACGAAAUUUACGCAAAAUCAAAAGGACAAAAUGCUGGAGUUUGCAGAGAGAGUUGGAUGGAGAAUGCAGAAGCAAGAUGAAGAGAAUAUCAACAAAUUAUGCAACGAAAUUGGAGUGGAGAAGGGUGUUUUAAAAGUAUGGAUGCAUAAUAACAAGAACAAUUUUGGAAGAAAAGAUCAACACAAUGAUGGCAAUGGUAAUGCUAACGGUAUUGAUUUUGGUAUUAGUAGUAGAAAUGACAUUAACAAAGACGAAGGGGUAAAUCAUCACCCACUUAUCAACAAUAUAAGUGUUAGUGCUCAUGUUGUUGUUACUAAUGGGUCGUCUUCUUCUUGAACUUAGGUAGGUGGAUGGAUAAAUAAGGAUUUUAUCUAGAACAAAAAAAAAAUUGUUGAUGUUGGUACUGUUAUUUCUUUCUUUUCUUUAUGCAGUAUUAAUCUAGAUUCACAUCUCAAAAACAAAAUGUUGAUGAACUUCUUUUCGUCUGAUUAAUGCUCAGCUUGAUGAGAAUAA